AAUUACAAAAUGGAAGCUCUCUUGCUGUAAUGGAAAAGUACAAAAAGCAAUGAUUAUUUCUACGCUAUAUCUACAGAUAAACAACUAGUUAACCUAAACCCUAGUGCCUCAAUUAUUUUACAACACAAAUGCCCAAGUACACUGGUAAAACCUACAGUAAAAGCAGAAAGCAAGAGUGUAAAAGUUCAUCGAUAUUCGACGAAGUUAAAAAUGACGUCGAAAGUAAAACAACAACGGGGUCCACUUUAGACGUCCCUAAAAAAUCAUCAUGGACUCGAAUCAGCAAAGCAGUCGAGUACACUAAGGAACAAUCCCCAAAGAAGAAGAGUGCAUCGAAAGGAGGCAAGAAGAACGCGAUUGUGGAGAAAGAUCCAUUCGCAUUUUCGGAUGACGAUGAUGUUCCAUCUCGAAGUAGUAGUGGAGUGUCGUGUUUGAAGAGUGGAUCGCAAACUACAGACCCAGCUGGUAAAAGUACCGACGAUGAAGCUUAUAGUAGCUCACAGGAGACCAUUGAGUCAUCACAGAAAUCUCGGGCAAGGUGUAAACGUAAAGCUGCCCCAGAGUCACCUUUCAAGAGCUUUUUAAAGAAUAACGACAAGUCCUUGUCUCCAAGUAAGGCCAAGAACCCAAAGAGACUCUCAGUACUGCCGACAAAUGUGGACUUUGAUGAUGGUGAUUCUCCAGAGGAAUCUUCUCCUGACAUCCCUCCAAUUGUCCGAUCUUCAUCGUGGCCUCAGAGGAAGAAUAAAGAUGUUGAAGGGGCAAUUAAAGUCAAAAGAACUGACAAACCUCUAUUUACUGUGGUAAAGAAUGUGAAAAAAGUUUCUGAGUGUUUGGAAUCUGGGGAAGACCAAGAGUUCUUUGAUGAUGUGGAAUACCUGUUGUACGGCUUGGAGUCCAGCAAGGUCUCUACACGCUGCCUAAGUGCCUUAGACAUAAUGUCCAGGUGCACUAAUGGUUCCUUCCGUGUCAAUCUCCGAGCUCAUGGCACCAUAUCGAAAAUAUUUAACCUUCUAAAAGAUGCAGGAGAGUACAAGAAUCUUUCCCUCUGCACCUCUGCAAUUAUGUACAUACUCACCCAAGAUAGACAGUUUAUAGACUUUGACAAAUUCAUUCUUGAAAUGCUGAUUAAAUUUAUAUCAGUUGAAAACUCCAAUGAUGUGGACGGCUCAGAAGACAUUGAAUACAACAAAUACAUCCAUAGAAUAAAGUCUAUAUUAAAUGAGAGAAACAGAUUGAUCCCUGGUACAUACUUCGAGUUGCAUGACAUAAGUACAUUCUCACUAGCAAGAGAGUCACUACUAUCCAUAACAACUGAGAGAGUUGGACCAUGGUUCAAGGAAGAAGUUCGGAGCUUGGGGGCUCUAGACCACAUUAUAGAUACAAUUUCAGAAAGUGUUAAUUGGGUAAUAGAAGAGAAAGGAAGUAUACCUGAAGGUGAUCAGAAUAUGCAAGCAAAGAUAAUACGAAUUGACAAGUGCUUGAAGCUCCUUGAAAACGUCACUUAUCAAAAUACAUCCAAUCAAACCUACCUACUGCACUACCAGAAAGGCCUCCUUGCCAGGUCACUCAGCAGUUUCACUCGCCUCUGUGUGAACUCGAUAACAGAGGGCCUACCAAAUAGUGCUCGGGAUGAACCUAGUGAUGAUCUCUCAGUUUCCUCUCCUGUUAAAGAUUCUCUUCUCAAUGCAUUCAAGCUCUUUCUCAACUUGUCUAACGAUUCAGAGGAAGGGAGUAACCUGAUAGGGCAGCAGGAGGGGUUCCUAUCGACCCUACUCUUCUCUGUGUUACAGCUGCCACAGUACUAUGAAGCAAGUCAGAGAUUUGACCUGCAUGUUCUGGGUCUUGGUUUGCUUAUAAACCUGGUGGAACACAGCAAGCAGAAUAUAGCACUACUACUGCAGCUCCAGACAGAGCCAUCUCAUGAGAGCCAAGAGAACUGCAGUAACGAUAGUAGUGCCGGCCAGCUUGGCUCUAUUGAAGCCCUCAUGCAGCUAUUUGUAGUGAGGGAGAAAUCAUCCCGAGAUACAGACCAGAUGACAUCUGCUCUAUCUGCAGAAGACGAAGAAGAUGACCAGGCUCUAGUUCUCACUAAGGAUGGAAGGGGAUGGGUCUGUGGUGCAGAUAUCGACUCCACUGUAGUGGAAGACAAGAAUGAACCAUCUUCUUCCAAGAAGAAAGUCUCUGAUGAGACGUUAGAGGACGAAAUAGGAAAAGCUCUAGUAAUUGCCGGGAAGCAUAUGGAAGAUAGUAUGGUGGCCUCAUAUGUCGCACUACUCCUCGGCUGCAUUGUACAGGACAACAAGGCAAAUGAGGCUUUAGUUCACAGUUUGCUGCCAAAUCAAGAUUUCUCACUUCUUGUUGAUGUUCUCAGAAAGUUCCUUGGAUUCAUGAGACUCACGAGUGGUACAAGCGGCCAUGCAAUUGAGAAAAUCGUCAAAGUUCUUCAGGGAUGUCUCGGGUCCUCUUCGUGAUCAUCUAUUGUAUCAUAGCUUAGAAAAGCAACCAUAAAACUUGUUCAUCUUGUCCAGUAUGUACAAGUUCAAUGUACAUGUACGACAGGUGUUUGCUACCUGAACUCUUAAACACGACUUUAACACAAGAUGGUUUUCAAAUCAAUGCAUUAUGGGAUUAAUGAGUUGGCAUCUUUAAGAUCCAAGAUCUGUCCCUUUGAAUUCAUAUCGAAUAGAUCUCAAAUGUCUUUGCAAACACCAGCAAUAUGGCUGCAACUUAUUGUUGCAAGGGUUUGGCAGGGUUCUCUAUGACCGGAACCAUGUCCAAAGAAAAAUGCAGGGUGGGGUCUAGUUCGAAAAUGGCAAUUAGUUUUCCCACAUCAGCCAUUCUGACCACAGGUAAAUAGGUCGGUCUGGCCUCUAGACCUAUCCAGACCUAAGCAGCAUAGCUAUUACAGCCGUGAUUGACCCCUACAAAUAUAUGUGGAAUUUUUAUUAUAUAAUGUAGAAAUGAAAGCGAAAAUACAAUCUAUGAAAUAUGAAACAUGUUGUGACCUUUUAUUUGGCUGUUUGAACGUUUUUUGGUUAAAACAUUCCAUACAUAUUUUUAUUGUGUACCGCUUUACUGGUCAGCCUAAAGUUCCCACAGUAAGCUGCCAUCAGUCAAUUCUCCAGAUUAAAUUUGGUUUGAUGACCCUAACAUAUUCAUCCAUUUUUAAACUAUACCUCUGAUGUAUGUAACAUACCUGUCAAACAUAAUAAAAUGUGCAAGAAUGGUU